AUGCCUUUAAAAUGGAUCCGAAAAUACAAGAAUUAUUGGCUGAACUCGAGCGAGAAAGAGCUGAACGUGAGCGAGAAAGAGCUGAACUUGAUCAAGAAAGACAAUGGCGUCAAGACGCGGAAGCUGAGGCGAGAAGCGAAAGAAGGCGGCGUGAAGAAGAGCAACGACGACGUGAAGAAGAGCAACGACGGCGUGAAGAAGCAGAAGCUUUGGCUGCGAGCUCGGAGUCAUCAACACUGCCUCUCUUUUUACAUGCCUGCCAUGAAUUGCGCGGUAACGAGACCGACAAAUCGGAGGGUUCCGUCUCGCAUCACGUUGUGGGACACAUUCACUGAGGAGCAAAUGAAGGUGUGGCACAAGCUCGAUCAGCAUCCCCAUUUCUUGACAGAAAAGCUCUUCCCCUCCCUACAUCAGCUCGACUACGUCCGCCAACUUAUCAGCCCAAUUUCCUCAGAGUGGGAUCUUCGGUACUAUGAACGGGAAACGGUAGAAAAUCAAGUGCGGGCCAUAAUAGACCGAAUAUAUGAGAAUGAUGAGCUUAAGAGAACAUUCGGCUUGCGCGGAUCGAUUACCUUUGAAAGCCAUGCUAACCUUGGGCUUUCAACGCGGGCGGCUGAUUUGAACCCGGGUGAUCAGCAGUCGUCCGUUGAACCCAUGGUCAGGACUGAAUCAAGCACUGGAAAGAGAAUGGGCAAGAAGAAUAAAACAAAGAAAAAAGAGACCACGAUGGUCACGGGAGGACAGGCCGAUCGAUUCUGCAUCUAUCGCCAGGAUGGCGAUGAGCACAUCCCAGCGCUCGCUAUCGAGUACAAGGCGCCCCACAAGCUCACUCGGGAUGAAAUCGUGGGAGGGCUGGCUCAGGACAUUCAUCCUUCCAAAGAAGUAAUUGGUAAGGACUCAGAUGAUCCUGAUUUCUGCUCGAAGCGGUUAGUCGCUGCCGUCAUCACACAGUUGUUCUCCUACAUGGUUGCCAAGGGAGUCCGGUACGGCUAUGUGUGCACCGGAGAAGCCUUUAUCUUUCUACGCAUUCUUGACGAUCCGUCAUCCGUCACGUGUUCCGUCUGUACUCCCAGCCUAGAUGUUGAAGAAAUCAAUGAUGACAGUCUCCAUUUAACUGCCGUCGCUCAGGUACUAGCAUUUACCUUAAGAGCUCUAGUGUCCCCUCCUGCCCCGCAAGAAUGGUAUGAUGCCGUCGCGGAACUUGGCCUCUGGCCGGUUGAAUACUCGGAUAUCCUGGAGCAAACACCUCCAACCGCUCGACAGAAGCAUGCCUCACCACUGUAUCGUGGCCGACGCCCUUCCAAGCUUCCUCCUUUUCAGAUGACAUUACGACCCAGAUGCCGGCCACACACAGAUAUUGUACCUCGAUCAAGAAGCCCUUCCCCCUCAACGUCUCCGCCUCCAUCUCCGUUGUCGCCAUCCGCACGCCGUGGACGAACCGUAAACGCUCGAGCCCGCUCUAACCCGGAUCAAAAAUCUGGUAAGAAAGGGCAAUCCAGCGAAGACAGCGAUGCCAAUUGGAUAGACCAUGCUGCUGAACCACCAAAGAUCAAAAGCCAACCUUACUGUUCCCAGCAGUGUUUGCUGGCCCUACGAGACGAUGGUCCGCUCGACAGCUCCUGCCCGAACUAUCUAGCUCACCUUAAGCGACGGAUCCAGCCAUCGGAGGCUCGUGCUCUUAUCCGAGAGCAGCUCUCCAGGGACCGUGGCCCGGAUGCCAACUGUCGCCCUCUCUACAAGAAGGGAAGUUGUGGGGCAGCGUUUAAAAUCCAUCUUUUGUCGCAUGGCUACACUCUACUCGCAAAGGGCGUCGAACGCAACAAUUUACGUAAACUCGAACAUGAAAAUGAAGUAUACCACAGGCUUCACGAUAUUCAAGGCGACUACAUUCCGGUUUGUCUCGGGAUUGUUGUGCUUGACUCAAAAUACCCGUAUUACUAUGACGAGGGAGUUUAUACCCAUAUGCUCCUUUUGAGCUGGGCGGGAAAGCCCAUCUCGGAAGUUAUGAAAUCGGAUAAUUCGGCAUGCGUGAUUGAGAUGACAUCACAGUCUCUUCAAGCGAUUCACCUUGCAGGUGUACUUACACCGUGA